GGAGCGCAGCAUUACGCAGAGCAUGUAGCUGAAACUACAUCAGACUGCGGUGCUGAAGUUUUUGGAUCGGACUUUCUUUUUCUUCGGGAGAAACAUUUACGACAUUUAGAGCUGCUCUUCGACACUUAACCUGUUUGGAGCUAAAGGCAGCGGAACUGAACCACGCAGCGAUACUCGGGUCACCAUGGAGAGCAAUAAGGGAUUACUUCGCUGUAAGAUUGUGGUGGUCGGCGAUACGCAGGUUGGCAAGACUGCUCUCCUUCACGUUUUUGCCAAAGACUCGUACCCGGAGAAUUAUGUUCCCACCGUGUUUGAGAAUUACACAGCCAGCUUCGAGAUCGACAAACAGAGGAUCGAGCUCAACAUGUGGGACACUUCAGGUUCAGCCUACUAUGACAAUGUGCGGCCGUUAGCGUAUCCUGACUCAGAUGCUGUCCUCAUCUGCUUUGACAUCAGCCGUCCGGAAACACUGGACAGCGUGCUGAAAAAGUGGCAGGGGGAGACGCAGGAGUUCUGUCCCAACGCCAAAGUGGUGCUGGUCGGCUGCAAGUUGGACAUGAGGACGGACCUCAACGUCAUGAGAGAGCUUUCCAAACACAGACUCAUUCCUGUCACCCACGAACAGGGAACUACUUUGGCGCGGCAGAUCGGAGCUGUGGCCUACACAGAGUGCACAUCAAAGUAUUCAGAGAACAGCGUCCGUGACGUUUUCCACGUCACCACCCUGGCGUCUGUGUCCCGUAUCCAUCGGCCUCAGCUCAAACGUGCCGGCUCACGUCAAGGACUCAAGCGGGUCUCCCAGCAACCGCCCCGGACUGAGAUUCACGAACACCCACCUGCCAUUAGAAAGGACCGGGCCAAAAGCUGCGUGCUCAUGUAGGACCUGUCUAACCAGCAGCCUGACCCGUGUGCGCCGAUGGACAUGAAACCAUACUGCACAUGAACUUAAUUUAUUGGUAAAUUCUUGUCAGAUAUUUGCACUGCAUAAAGGACAAUAUGAUGAAAACGAGAACCGAUGCUAUAUUGUGGAGUUCUUUGACGAAUUGUUUGUCCAUCUUCAGCAAAACUCUCAUUGUUAUUUUUUCUGUGUGGCCGUGUUCUUAUCAGGGGAGGUCAUUGUGGUGGCAAAAGCUUGUCUUUCUUUAACGCUUUUAUUCAAACAAGUGGACAAAAAUAGUCAUGGACACAAACAGGCUGGUACGGAAAUGAAAAACUGAUUAUGAAAAAAAUACUAAUUGGAAAUUACCUAGCAGGAACCAGCAUUUACAGUGCUGGUCUUGACCUCUGUUAUGUUGUUUCCUGUUUUGAAAUGCUAUUCUCUCUUAAGUGUUAAAGUAAAUGAAGCACAAUACAAUGCAUGUAAACUGUUCCGAGUUGUUCUUAAAUGUCAGGGAAUAAACUUUGCUUUUCCACUUCAUAUAACAAGAAAAUCUGGACGGAUGAAAAAAACUCGUGGGCUGAGAUGACACAAAUGUUCUUUAACCACAAGUGCUUUUAAUAUCGAAAACUGAAUAAUCACUCACCACAUAAGACUGAAGUGUUGUGAAAUUAAAAGUGUUCUAACAAUCCACACUGGGAAGGAAAGUCAGGGAGGGAGUGAAGGGGAUGACUGCUAUGUUGUACAUGUGAUAAUAAAAUAAACAUAUAAAUAGUG